AUGGCAUGGUUGUCUGUUCUUAACAGGAUGUCGACUAUGUACAGAGUGGUGAAAUGGAGUCAGGGAAGCAAUGAAGUCUGUGUUCUCUGUAAAAAUGCUUCGGAGUCGCGAUCCCAUCUAUUCUUUGAAUGUAACUUCUCAGCACAAGUAUGGGAAUUCAUUGCUAAAGGGUUGCUGUGUAUCUCUUUUACUACUGUCUGGUCUGAGAUUAUUACUAUCAUCUCGGAUAAGACAAGGGAGAAGAAGAAUCUGCUCUGUAUAAGAUAUGCAUUCCAAGCGGUUCUUUAUGCAUUAUGGAGAGAAAGAAAUAAGCUGAAACAUGGAGACAAGGGUCUGUCUUUGGAUGUUCUCAAAGAGUUAUUGAAAAGGGCAUUCGUAACAGAAUCAGUCUGA